AGUUCCUCUUCUUCUUCUUCUAUUGUCUUUUAGAUAGCGCUGUACAGCUGCUGCACCACCGAAGAAGUAACAGAGUCGUUGCAUGCCUCUGAUGAUGGCGGCCUGCUUGCGAGGAAGAUUAGUAACAUUGGUGAAGGGCCUGAGUGGUCCUCAGUGGCAGCAGCUGGCCUCUCGACCGCUGAGUCAGUCUGCUGGUCUCUGUGGACCAGAGACCCCCUUGGCCCGUGCUGAUGCUACCUUCAAGGUCACCAUGGUGCCAGGGGAUGGAGUUGGACCUGAGCUGAUGACUGCUGUCAAGGAAGUGUUCAAGGCAGGAGAUGUCCCAGUAGAAUUUGAGGAGUUUCACCUGAGUGAGGUACAGAACAUGGCCAGCGAGGAGAAGCUGGAGCAAGUGUUAACCUCUAUGAAGAACAACAAAGUAGCCAUGAAAGGAAAGAUUCACACACCGAUGGAGUUCAAAGGGGAGCUGGCUUCAUAUGAGAUGAGAUUGAGGCGUAAACUGGACCUGUUUGCUAAUGUAGUUCAUGUGAACAGCCUGCCGGGCUACAGCACUCGCCACAACAACCUGGACCUCGUCAUCAUCCGCGAACAGACUGAGGGGGAGUACAGCUCCCUGGAGCACGAGAGUGUGACGGGAGUGAUCGAAUGUUUGAAGAUAAUCACCAGAGAGAAGUCACGGCGCAUCGCCAAGUUCGCCUUCGAUUAUGCCACCAAGAAGGGGCGAAACAAGGUCACCGCUGUUCACAAGGCCAACAUCAUGAAAUUAGGUGAUGGCCUGUUUCUGCAAAGCUGUGCAGAGGUGGCACAACUGUACCCCAAAAUCAAAUAUGAGAACAUAAUCAUUGAUAACUGUUGCAUGCAGCUGGUCCAGAACCCAUAUCAGUUUGAUGUGCUGGUGAUGCCCAACCUCUAUGGUAACAUUAUUGAUAACCUGGCAGCAGGGCUGGUUGGAGGAGCAGGAGUUGUUCCAGGGGAAAGCUACAGUGCAGAGUAUGCUGUGUUUGAGACUGGUGCACGCCACCCCUUUGCACAAGCUGUGGGAAGAAACAUCGCUAACCCCACAGCCAUGCUGCUCAGUGCUGCUAACAUGCUCAAACACCUCAACCUGGAAUAUCACUCCCAAAUGGUGUCAGAUGCUGUCAAGAAGGUCAUCAAGCAGGGCAAGGUACGGACACGAGACCUUGGCGGUUACUCCACCACUGGCGACUUUGUGCGUGCUGUUGUGGAAAACCUGCGUCACCGUCCCGUUUACUAAGACGCUUCAUGGCACUGACAUUUUUUUUUUUUUUUUUUAAAUCUGGACUUUAACAUGAACUGGACUCAUGUUAAGACUCACCUUCCCUGUCACUGCUGAAUGAUAGUUGUCGCACACCAUCAAUUGCAUCCUAAUGUAUAUGGUUUAUAACCAAUGGUGCUGUUGUACGUUAAUAAAAUCAAAUGUGCAACUCACAAGGCUUUUUCUAAAGGAUUUAGGUCACGCAUCUGUGUCAUCUUUAUAUCUUUCCACAUUGUUACUGUCCAUCUCUUUCUUUAUUACAGUUAAGCCAUUGUGCUUGUUGCCUAAUUGUCUUUCAGCCAUGUUGACAUUACAGGCCACCUCUCUGCUAUCACUCCUUGUUAGAAACUGUCUGUUUAACAGCUGGAGUGAAUUUUCACAGUGAAUACUCUGCUUUUGUGUUGCACUUUGCCAUCAGCUUGCCUUUUCUCAUUUAUCGAGGCUCAUAACUUAAAUAUCUAAAGAUUCACUGCUACUGUAACUCAGUAUACAGCGCAAUAAAUUCAUUACAUACCACAGCAUUUAAGACCUACAGAUUUUUAAAAAUUUUUAAUGAAAAUCUGCUGUUCAAAUGCUGUAAACAGAAAUCUUAAAUUGUUGCUGUUAGUUACUGUGUGCAAAGACAAACCCAUCCUAAUGCAAAAUUCAUAUGUCUUGCUGUGAUAUUAAUAAUGCUGUUAAUAUUUUAAUAGUUCUGCUAAACAAAAAUCAAGAAGACCAAAAAGGGGGCUUUCAGGUAUUAUAUGGCUCAGGUAUUUUUAGGGUUCAUCACAGAUAAUAAUAGUUUGUCAAAUUUUCUAAAGUGUGUGUACCACCACCGGUGUAAACAGUGUCAUGUCCUUCUUUGUUUUUUUUUUUUUUUUUGUUAAUGACAUUUAGUUUACUUUGUGAUAACAAAUCCUUUACUGAGAUACUAAAGCUUGUCACAAGUGUGAUGCGAUAUCGAAUAAAUAACACUCUGUCUUAUCCUAA